AUGGAGGGCCGUUGCGGGGGUGGGGUUAUUUCGGGCAGUCAGGUGGGCGACCCGCACAGGCGUGUGGAAGGCCCGCGUCGUUAGGGAGCGUAGGAGCGGCGUUUCUAGUUUCGGGGUCGGGCAAAGGGCAAAGGGCGGCCUCCGGGUUGGCGAGCACCUCCUUUUGGCCAUGGCGGCAUCUGGGGAACCCGGCCGGCAGUGGCAGGAGGAGGUGGCGGCGGUGGUAGUGGUGGGCUCCUGCAUGACCGACCUGGUCAGCCUUACUUCUCGCUUGCCCAAAACUGGUGAAACCAUCCAUGGACAUAAGUUUUUUAUUGGCUUUGGAGGGAAAGGAGCCAACCAGUGUGUCCAAGCUGCUAGGCUUGGAGCAAAGGCCUCCAUGGUGUGCAAGGUUGGCAAAGAUUCUUUUGGCAAUGAUUAUAUAGAAAACUUAAAACAGAAUGAUAUUUCUACAGAAUUUGCAUAUCAGACUCAAGAUGCUGCCACAGGAACUGCUUCUAUAAUUGUCAAUAAUGAAGGCCAGAAUAUCAUCAUAAUAGUGGCUGGAGCGAACUUACUUUUGAAUACCGAAGACCUGAGGACAGCAGCCAAAGCCAUCAGCAGAGCCAAAGUAAUGAUCUGCCAGCUAGAAGUAACUCCGGAAACUUCUUUGGAAGCCCUGACCAUGGCCCACGGCAGUGGAGUGAAAACGUUGUUCAAUCCAGCUCCUGCCAUUGCUGACCUGGAUCCUCGCUUCUACACCCUCUCAGAUGUGUUCUGCUGCAAUGAAACUGAGGCUGAGAUCCUAACCAGCCUCGCGGUCGGCAGCCCCGCAGACGCUGGGAAGGCUGCACAGGUGCUCCUGGGAAGGGGGUGCAAGGUCGUAAUCGUCACCUUGGGUGCUGAAGGCUGUGUGAUGCUCUCACAGACAGAACCUGUCCCAAAGCACAUCCCCACAGAGAAAGUCACGGCUGUGGAUACCACGGGUGCUGGCGACAGUUUUGUGGGGGCUCUGGCCUUCUACCUGGCUUACUACCCCAGUCUGUCCUUGGAAGAAAUGCUCAGGAGAGCCAAUUUCAUCGCAGCAGUCAGCGUCCAGGCUGCAGGAACACAGUCAUCUUAUCCAUACAAGAAAGACCUGCCACUUGAUCUGUUUUGAUUGCUACUAACCCUAAAAUAAACGUACUUGGAAAUAAAAUGUACUUGGGGAAGGGGGCGGCCACUCAUAGCUAGCAGCUUACUAUAAAAUAUCCUCUUCUCUGCAAACAUGUUCAUUUAUGAAGUCAUA